AUGGUCGACCUCCCAGAACCCUUCGCCUCGAUUCCCCGCGCGCAGCUACUAUGGCCGCAUCCAUCCCCGCUGCAUCUGAUGCAGCAUUUGACCGAGCACAUACACGCUACGACCUCGCGCAGCAGCAGCACACGCUUCUGGGUCAAGCGCGAGGACUGCUCUUCCGGGCUGGGCCUUGGCGGCAACAAGAUCCGCAAGCUCGAGUACAUCGUCCCCGAGGCGCUGCAGCUCGGCGCCACAACUCUUGUCACAACGGGCGGCGUACAGAGCAACCACAUGCGGCAGGUCGUAGCCGUGGGCAAUAGCCUUGGGAUGGAGACCGUGCUUGUCCCACAGGGACCACUGGGCAAUGUGCAGGUCAGCCGCAUCCUGGGUGCCAAGAUGGUCUCACAGCAGCAACCCGGCGCCUCGAUGGAGCAGGUCGCCGCCAAGAUCAAGGCCGGCGGCGGCGUGCCGUACAUCAUCUCGCCUGGAGCCUCGGCGCAUAUGUAUGGCGGGCUCGGAUUUGCGCGGUGGGCCUUCGAGGUGAUCGAGCAGGAGGCGGAGCUCGGUGUAUUCUUCGAUACUAUCGUCGUGCCCGUGGCGUCAGGUGGCACUGUCGCAGGCAUGAUCGCCGGUUUUAAGGCUGCCGACAGUGGCCACAGGCCACGUAGGAUUAUCGGCAUCGACACGUACAACAAGCCUGCGGGCGAGCUGGAGGGCAAGAUCCUGGAGAUUGCACAGCGGACGGCAGGCACUAUCGGGCUCAGCGCAGACGUGGUCACCGCGGAGGAUGUAGUUCUCGACACGAGGUACAACACCGGCACGCACACGGGCUGGGAUGAGAAAGCUGAAGCCGGCGUACGCGUACUGGGGAAGACGGAAGGAAUCGUGGCAGACCCGAUCUACUCGGGCCGCGCCAUGGGGGCGAUCCUGGACAUGGCAGCAAGAGCCGAACUUGACGGCAGCAGCAACGUCUUGUUUGUACAUACAGGGGGCCAGGCUGCCCUUGGGGCUUUCCCAAAGGUUGCAUCCGUCAUGUAA